AUUUUAAGUAUAUAGGGAGUUCUUCGUAUAUGACUUCAUCAAACCAGUUUUUCUUAACAAGAUUCUGACAUUCAAGAUACAUUUGAUCAACUGGCAACGUCUUAACAAUAAUUAGCAGUUUAGCACAAUGAGACAAACAGCAUAAGCAAUAUCGUCAUCAACGGAGAAGACGUUUUUCUUUCCUUUCCGGCACUUUCAGGGCUUUUCAGAGGGACGUUUCAAACAGUUCCCCCCAAAAUUGAAGCUUCAAUACACUUUCCAUUUCUAGCACUCCGACUAAACAAAUUAGUUCUAUGGAAUUGGACGAGUGGGAACCAAGUGCACAGGAGCUUGAUUCUCUGGAGCGUGAUGCCCUGAAACAAAUUGCUCAGCGCAACUCAUCAUCUUAUGCUCCUACCUCCUCACUGCACAAUACUCAGAAAGUUUCUCAACCCGGACCACCAAGACUAAUGACAUCAGUUGGGGCAACUAAAACUGCUGAUUCUGGUGGAAACACGGGGCACCAUGAAGAUAGUUUCUCAAGAAAGCCGCAAAAACGUUUUAUUAAACUUUUCCUCCAUGCAAGUGGUAAUAUAGCUGCAAAGUUUUUGUAUGACCAGCUACUCAUUGGCGCCAUACGUAAAGUACCUAAAGCUGGUUGGAAUGCAAAAGAAAGAUUGUGGAUGUUCCCUCUUUCAUCGUUACCAUCAGCAGAGAAAGUCCUAAAUGAAAUUCCUUGUGCAAAUGUAGAGAUUGAAAACUUGGACCCAUUGGUGCGGCGUGCUAUUGCUGCAGUCAAUGAAGUUUGUGAUAUUCAAGAUCGCUAUAAAUGCAUUCCCGAAAGCAUUGAAACAAAGCUUAUGCCUUUUCAGCGUGAUGGAGUACGAUUUGCCUUGCAACAUGGUGCACGUGUCUUUUUAGCAGAUGAAAUGGGACUUGGGAAGACACUUCAGGCCAUUGCUGUAAGUUGUUGUGUCCGUGAAUCAUGGCCUGUUCUUAUUCUUACUCCAUCUUCGUUGCGUCUGCAUUGGGCUUCCAUGAUUCAACAGUGGCUGGAUAUUUCUCCUUCAGAUAUACUUGUGGUAUUAUCUCAAGUUAGUGGUUCAAAUAGGGCAGGAUUCAAAGUGGUGCCUUCCAAUUCAAAGAGAUCCAUCCAACUUGAUGGCCUCUUUAAUAUAGUUUCUUAUGACACUGUUCCUAAGCUGCAGGAUACCUUAAUGGCAUCAGAGUUCAAGGUAGUUAUUGCUGAUGAAUCACACUUCUUGAAGAAUGCCCAGGCUAAACGGACCAAUGCGUCCCUUCCUGUAAUGCGGAAAGCCAAAUAUGUGAUACUGCUUAGUGGAACCCCUGCUUUGUCAAGACCAAUUGAGCUUUUUAAACAGCUGGAGGCUCUAUAUCCUGAUGUUUACAAGAAUGUUCACGAGUAUGGUAACCGUUAUUGCAAGGGUGGCACUUUUGGAAUUUAUCAAGGGGCCAGUAAUCAUGAAGAGCUGCACAACUUGAUGAAAGCAACUGUCAUGAUUCGCAGACUAAAAAAGGAUGUUCUCCCGCAGCUUCCAGUAAAGCGCAGGCAACAGGUUUUCUUAAACGUGGAAGAAAAGGAGAUGAAGUGUAUCAAUGCUUUAUUCCGUGAGUUGGAAAUUGUCAAAGAAAAAAUUAAAUCAAGCCAAUCCAAGGAUGAUCGUGAGUCACUUAAGUUCACCGAGAAGAAUCUUAUAAAUAAGAUGUAUAUUGCUUCUGCGGAGGGAAAGAUUCCAUCGGUUUUGGAUUACUUAGCAACAGUUAUUGAGGCAGACUGCAAGUUCCUUAUAUUUGCCCACCACCUACAAAUGAUUGACUCAAUACACCAGUAUUUGCUUAAAAAGAAAGUUGGUUGCAUUCGCAUUGAUGGCAGUACUCCAGCAUCAUGUCGACAAGCUUUGGUUACAGAUUUUCAGGAAAAAGAAUCUAUAAAGGCUGCUGUGCUAUCUAUUAAAGCAGGAGGUGUUGGAUUGAAUUUAACAGCAGCAAGCACAGUCAUAUUUGCAGAGCUAUCCUGGACUCCAGGUGACCUUAUUCAAGCAGAAGAUCGCACUCAUAGAAUUGGCCAGGUAUCAUCGGUGAAUAUAUACUAUUUGCUGGCCAAUGACACUGUUGAUGACAUAAUUUGGGAUGUCGUUCAAAGCAAACUGGAGAAUUUGGGACAGAUGCUCGACGGUGAAGAGAAGUCCCUAGAAGUAUCAGAACAAGGUAACUCAAAUAAAAGUCCCGUGAAACAAAAGACGCUCGAUUCCUUCAUGAAGCGUUGCAACUCUUCACCGUUGGACAAUGAGCCUGUGCCUAAAUGCUCCAGGCAUUGAUAUCAAGCCUCAUUGCUACUUGUAUCUGAACAUAUUAGAAUGUAGAUAGUGGUCUCAAGCCUUACCAGUUACUGCUACUACAUACAUAUUUUUGUAUCACCAAUUUUGUGCAUUUUUAUUAUUGUAGGGUAAAGCACUAGUAUACCUCUAGAUAACCUUGGUAAAAAAAUUCAGUGGCACAUACCCACGUAUUUCCUACAUUGAGCUUUGAUUAUCAUAUAACUUUACGGCGUUAUUGAAUUAACAAAUUGGAAAGAUUUUCA